AACUCCGCGUCGUAUCAAAACGCACGCUUAAGCCUUUCAGUCAGGGUUCUUGCAAACAGCAGAACGAUCUUCUUUCUUGUUCUCAUCGAUCUCCUCAUCCCCUUCGAAGAGAAAACGCCACAUGGACUCUAUCAACUCAAACCCUAACCCUAAUUCCGCCAUUGAAACCCUUGUUCCUUAUCCUCCCGAUUAUUCUACUCCCGAAGACCACGAUCGCGACCCCAACUCCUUAUUAAAAGAAAUGGAUAAGGGUGAAAACACGGGGUUUAGUUCUGGAAACGGGCAUGCGGAAAACCAACCAGCUGACGGUGUUAAUCAUGGGCCAAAGGUGGAGAUUAUUCAGAAGCCGCUGUUGUCGGAGAAUGGAUUUACGAACACUCAUAGUGGUACCGAUAAGGAUUUCUCCGGUGGUGAAGAGGAGACUACCAGCAGGCGACGACGUCGGAGCCGAUGGGACCCGCAGCCUGAGAGUAAUGAACAGAGUGGUGGGGAAUCUGGGAGUGGUACGCGGAAGAGGAAGUCUCGUUGGGCUGACGAUGAUCCCAAACCUGUAAUUCAACUUCCUGAUUUUAUGGGAGGUAUUGAGUUCGACCCUGAAAUUCAAGCUUUGAAUAGUAGGCUUUUAGAAAUUAGUAGAAUGCUUCAAUCUGGUAUGCCGUUGGAUGAUCGGCCUGAAGGUGCUCGUUCUCCUUCGCCGGAGCCAAUUUAUGACAAUAUGGGAAUAAGAAUCAAUACUAGGGAGUAUCGUGCUCGAGAAAAAUUGAACACAGAGAGACAAGAGAUUAUUUCUCAAAUAAUCAAGAAGAACCCUGCUUUUAAGCCUCCGGCAGAUUAUAGGCCGCCUAAGCUUCAGAAGAAGCUUUAUAUACCGAUGAAGGAAUACCCAGGUUACAAUUUUAUUGGGCUGAUUAUUGGUCCUAGAGGUAAUACACAGAAGAGGAUGGAGAAACAAACUGGCGCAAAAAUUGUAAUUAGGGGAAAAGGGUCUGUAAAAGAAGGUAGAUUGCAACAGAAGAGGGAUUUAAAGCAUGAUCCUGCAGAGAACGAGGAUUUGCAUGUUCUAGUUGAGGCUGAAACGCAGGAAUCACUAGAAGCUGCGGCGGAAAUGGUAGAGAAGCUUUUGCAGCCUGUUGACGAAGUUUUGAAUGAGCAUAAGAGGCAGCAACUUAGGGAACUUGCUGCCUUGAAUGGAACCAUAAGGGAUGAAGAAUUCUGUAGGUUGUGUGGCGAGGCUGGGCAUCGUCAGUAUGCUUGCCCUUCGCGGACGUCGACAUUCAAGAGUGAUGUACUCUGUAAAAUAUGUGGUGAUGGUGGGCAUCCAACAAUUGAUUGUCCAGUGAAGGGCACAACUGGGAAAAAGAUGGAUGAUGAAUAUCAAAAUUUCUUGGCAGAGUUAGGAGGUACAAUUCCCGAAUCAGCAACCAAGCAGACCCCUACAUUGGCAAUAGGUUCUGGCACUUCAGGAACCAACCCUCCUUGGGCUAACAAUACAACCAGCGCUAGCAACACACCACAAACAAGCGUCGGUGCGAAUGGAGUGAAGCCUGCUAAGGAAUAUGACGAUACAAACUUGUAUAUAGGUUACUUGCCUCCUACUUUUGAUGAUGAUGGUUUGAUUAGAUUGUUUUCAACAUUUGGCGAUAUUGUGAUGGCUAAGGUCAUUAAGGAUAGGGUUUCCGGAUUGAGCAAAGGUUAUGGAUUUGUGAAGUAUUCUGAUGUUCAGAUGGCUAAUAAUGCAAUUGCCAGCAUGAAUGGUUAUCGUCUUGAAGGCCGAACAAUUGCUGUUAGAGUUGCUGGGAAGCCACCACAGCCUACUGUGCCUCCUUGCCCUCCAGCGUCGACUGUGCCCACUUAUCCCGUUUCAAGCCAGCCUGUUGGUGUCUAUCCGUCCCAGCAGUUUAUGCCGGGUGGUCCUCUUGGGAAUGUUCCUCCACCUACAAGUUAUUCUGCUACCCCAGUUCCAUGGGGUCCUCCAGUUCCUUCUCCGUAUGCUUCUUACCCUCCUCCACCUCCCGGUUCUAACGUCUAUCCGGCUGUUCAGGGUCAGGGUAUGCCUCCUUACGGCGUCCAGUAUUCUCAGGUUCAGACAGCUCCCCCUGGUGCUCCAUCUCAACCUGUGACUUCAGGUGAAGCACAACAGAGUUUUCCCCCAGGAUUGCCAUCUGAAAAUCCUACUAGCCAGCCAUUACAAACUACGGCAUAUGGGAACACUUUAUAUUCGAUGCCACCGAGUGCUCAACCUUCUUACCCGCCUUCGUAUGGUUAUUCGGCUUAUUAUAGUGCGGUCUCUACUCAUCCGUUGCCCCUGUCUACGUCAACUACGGACCAACCUCAACCACCCAGCGGGGCUGCUCCUUGGGCUACAAAUCCUCCAAUGCCUCCUCCCAUGCCUUCUGCUGAGAAGACGUCGUCAGGUGCAGAUGCUGAGUACGAAAAGUUUAUGGCAGAUAUGAAAUGAUUCAAGUUGUGAUUGAUCAUACUUUGAAUUUGGAGGAGGACUGAUGUUUCUUGGAGCUGAUUACUUACCCCUUGCCAUGACUUUGUUGGAAGUUUGGGACUCACCUCUUUAACCUUGCUGUACUGUCUUGACAUUUGCAGAGAUUCAGGCUAGAAGUCCUUGUCACAUUGCCUUGUAUUGAAGGAGCAAAUUUGAGCGUAUUAUUGAAGGAUUUGGUUCUGUUCCUUAUGCAUUUGCUAUCUAACAAUGUCUGGUUGAUUUUUGCUCUUCUAUUAUUAUUUUUAUUAUUAUUAUUACUACUUUCUUUAUUACCUACUUCACAGAUUUAGGUAAUGAUACUUCUUGAUGCGUACUUGUUGCUUAUCCUAACAGUUUAUUGAUCAUUGCUUUCUGUUUUGACGUUCUAAGUAAUCUCUUAUUGUCAUGGUGUUGAUGCCUUCCAUCAAUUUGAUCCAGCAGGUAAUCUUACCCUCUAUUUCCAUGUGAAUGGUGUGGUAGAUGGAAGAACUGGUUUAACAUUUCUUCUAGUAGAUGUAUGUUGAUUGCUUGGGCUAACAUGUUUCUGUUCUACAUAAUAAGCUUUCUGUUUUGAGGGUUCUAAAUUAGUUUAGUAUUAAUGGUGGUGGUGAUGGUAUACUUCGUGCCUUCCAUCAAUCCAUCUUGAAGGGAUCCUGCCUUACAGUUUUGACGCAUGGGGGUAUGUGGAACAAUUAUCUUCAUUUAAGUGUCUUUAAUCCUUUCUUCACGUUUAUAAUAUCUUCUGAUCACGUUUUCUAGUUCUCUUAUGGCAGGUUAAAGAUGUCGGGACUUGUUAAAUCACAGGCUAGUCCGUUUGUAUUUUAUAAUUCUACUGAUUGCCAAAUAUUUGUUGGCUUGGGCCCAAGUGCUAGUUAACUUAUUUUGGUGUCGAUAUUUAUUUUGUGUCAGACUAAUUCAUCCAGACUCAGUUGGAUAGUGAUAGGGUUCCAGAGACUAACAACUUAAGCCAAGUUCAGUGGUUCACGUAGUAGUAGAUUACGAAGUUCAAAAUGAGUCCAUCCUACAGAAUUUAGCUCCUGAUUUUGCCUGAUGUUUUAUAGUCUAUGAUUGUGUGAAGUUGAAAGAGUGAUACUAUACCUUUCGUGAAGAGAUUAGUUUAGCUGAUGGAUGAUGGAUGAUUGGAGAUACUGAACAAGUGUUUCCAAGUGCUUUUGAGUGCCAUCAUUUGUUUCCAGAGAACAUGCAUGAUACUUUAUCAUUAUUAUUAAAUACUUUAUUUUGUUCA